CCAAAGCGGAUAAGGACAGCCUUCUCUCCAUCGCAGCUGCUGCAACUGGAAGAUGCUUUCGGAAAGAACCACUACGUUGUUGGGCAAGAGAGGAAAGACCUGGCAGCCGCUCUGAAUCUUACUGAGACCCAAGUGAAAGUGUGGUUCCAGAACCGUCGAACCAAGCACAAGCGAGUGCAGUCGGGCGACGAG